AUGCUUAUCUCGCCCGUCUCUGUUUCAGGAGUUACGAUGCAUGGGCUGAGUCACCUACAAACCGGCUCAACCCUGGAGGCGCUCACGCAGGCCACGAUCAUCCUCAUCCUAGCGGUCGCCAUUGUCAUCUCGAACCUCAUCGUAGUUGCCACAUAUCUUAACUUUAAGGGUCCCCAUGAGGUUAUAAACUACUACCUACUCUCGCUAGCAGUUGCCGAUCUGCUGUGCGGUCUGUUCAUCGUAUCGCUCUCGGUAUAUCCCGCAUUCAGUGGAGAAUGGAUUUACGGCGACGUGGUGUGCCGGAUGGUCGGCUACCUCGAGGUAACGCUCUGGUCGAUCUCGGUGUACACCUUCAUGUGGAUCUCGGUCGAUCGCUAUCUGGCAGUGCGGAAGCCACUGCGGUACGAAACGAUCCAAACCAAAACCAGAUGCCAAUGCUGGAUGGCGUUCACGUGGAUCUCGGCAGCCAUGCUUUGCUGUCCACCGCUGCUCGGCUACAACGAGGCCAACUACAGUAAAACCACCAACAUCUGUAUGCUCGAGUGGGGCAACAUGGCGGCUUAUAGCGCAACGCUGGCAAUCCUAGUCCUGGGGCCGAGUGUCAUCUCGAUCGUCUACAACUACGGCUACAUCUUCACGAUGAUGCGCAAAGUGCGAUCGGGAGCACCGAUCCACGAUAAGGAGUACGCCACGGCGCUCGCCGAGAACCUAGCGAACCCCAGUCACUGUAUGUCGUUCGCAUUGGUGUUUUCCUUCUGGAUCUCGUGGGCACCGUACAUUGGGCUGCGCAUCUACGAGCUGGUCUCCGGGGAAACGAUCGACAAUCCGCUGCUACACUUCGGUGCCGUCUGGAUCGGCAUCCUCAACUCGUUCUGGAAGAUCAUCAUCAUGACGAGCAUGUCGCAGCAGUUCCGGCUGCUCGUCCGGUUGCUCUUCCUCACCAUCUGCUGCAAGACGAAGGGCCGGCUGCAGGCCGAACUGAUCGGGCUCGAUCCGGACGACUAAGGCCACCCCCCCGGACGCAUCCCGAGCGGCGGCAUCCCAAGUGGCGGCGGCAGCACCCAGUUUGGGGCAGCACCGAACGAUCGUACAAUCACGUUUACAAAACUUUGUGCUAUUAGGACAGGACAGAAAGCGACGGUGAAAGCUCGCCGAUUCCGGGAAGGUUAGGUAUGGGCACGUAGGGCUAACAUUACUAACACUUGCACGCUUUUUAUCGGCAGGGUCGAUCGAUGAGGCACGGCAAUUUAGGUACUCGAGGGCGAAGUGUUGAAACAUUUAAACCAAUCUACUUGCUACUGCGAAAGCCAUCGACAGCGAAGAAGCGAGCGCAGGGCGACGGAACUACUAGCUACUAUUAAGGCGCUACUAUUAGGCAUAGAGGCAUUUGGGAGUUGACAAACUAGCGGACGCCAGUGUAUCUUACAUAUACAACCAACUCAUACCGUACUCUGUAUACACAAUAUAUAAACGUGCGUGUUUACCGGUUACCCGUUUUACUUCACCUUCUCGCCUAUAUAGGAGCAGGAUCUUUAACAAUGCAUAAACUUCUCGUGCGCUAUGGCAGGAUAGGCGGCUGUAGCUCCACUAUGUAACCGAUCUGCGUGUGCUGAUUAGCUCCAUAGUUCGCGUCCCCCUAUUCCGUGCACCCGUAUCCCUGUAUCGUUCGACGGCCGCUUGUCGGCCAGGAAGGCGGCCAACUUCACAACUUCAAUUACAUUUGCUACAAACUGUGGGCUGUGGGAAACUUGCAGGCGAUUAAAGGGCAGAGCGGUGCAGAACCUUGAACAAUCAAUCUUGUCUCGCGUAACAAAACAAAGCAAGGGAAAGUUGCGUACAAAACAAAAUACAUAAACUUUAAACGUUUGGUGCGUGCGAUACCAACUCCGCGUUUGGUCGUUUGUAAGUGUUCGUUUAGUACGCGGCGGGUACGGGAAGCAGAAGCGUACCAAACCAUUGAGUGAGAGACAGUCAGCAUCUCGUGCAGGCAAUUGCCCAGCUCCGAUAAGUUCGUACGGAGUGUGCGUUUGAGGAUGCAGAUGGGAACUACAAUACUGUACAAAACGGGCAAACGAUGCAACAGGCACAACCUUUCAGGGCUCAACCAUUGAUACAUACUGUUCGAACCUUUAAGGUAUCGAAUAGAUCGAAGCAAAACCACUCAACCAUACAAGGGAAAAUGCCGCGAAAUGCAUGCAAAAGUAGCGCAAAGCGUUACAAUUAGAGGUAAAACAAAAGAAACAAACACAAGAAGCAAACAUGCCAAAACGGUAAAACAAAAAACAACACAUAAGCAUGCAAAGGCAAUAAAUGGCUCUAGUAAUGUAAUGCAAAAGCGAAGCAAAACAAAACAAAAAAAAACAGAAGUAAUUAGCCGCUACAGAAGGAAGCUUUCUGAGCACGCUUGCAACCGAAAACAACAAAACAUGAAGAAAAAAAAACAUGAAUAACGUUUAGCAAACGCUGCAAAAAACACUGCAAAGCUGUAAAAGUGCGUAUAACGAUAUAACGACGCCAACACAUUCAUGCAUGGUUUAUAUUUUUUAGAUUUUUAAACGAGUGAGAUUAAAACCAACGUAAACGUUAAAAAAACGAAGGAAGAAAAACCAUUUGCACACGCGCAACAUCCAGAAGAUACUGGAAGCUCACGAUGCAGAACAGAAGAGAAUGAUGAAGACGUCAGUGGAGACGGGAUGAGGGGGCAGGGGAACGGAUUGAUGUGUAUGUUACUUAUCUUUACUAAAGCAAGUCUAGUAUCAAAUAGUUCGUGAGAUAGUUGUGUAGAAGGAACACAGAGGAGGGAACUGUUUGUUAAACAUGGCAUGACAUGUAGACACGACACUUACCGAGUUAAUCGAGUGACGUUGCUUCAAUCGACACAGAAGUAAGGGAGGGAGUUGUUACUUCUAGACGAAACGAAAAAAAAAACAAACAAAUCGAUCUCAUCGUUAGAGCAGAUCAGUUAGCUUGCAAACUCAUCUCCUGGAAGGUUUAGAGUUUUAUCUCCAUCGAAGCAAUAUGUCCUUCCCCCAGCUCUCCCCAGCCAUCCCAGCAAAAAAAGGGUUCGUAACGAUAAAUGUUUCCGAGCCUCCUACCCACCCAUCCCACCUCAGGUAGUUGGGGGGAGGGUUAGUAAGUUUGGAGGAAAAAUACAAUACCAUUGUUAUUCACGCCCUCGUCGAACGGUCGUUCGGUAUUUGGGGCAGAUAGUUUGUACAUAGGACAUAAUUUAGCACCGGGUUUAUGUUUUUCGUUUCGCUGUACCAUUUGCGUUUAUCUAAUGCGUAAUGCGUUAAUGCUGUUAGUUUCGAUAUUGAUUAAUUUUAAUUGCGCUUUAGCUUACUAAAGAAAAACCGAAGCAAACGAUAAGUAGGUAAUUUAUUUAGAACACUCUUUUUAGUACACUGUUCUUAGUACACAGCCAGUAACAACGAAUGUUUAGGCCCGGUUUACACUAGAGCUUUUCCGUUUCUGCAGAACCCGUUGUGGUAAUCCCCACCCACCCACACUUCCCGUGUAGGAAACGCAUUAGGCGCUGCCCAAGCGCAAAAAAACAUAGGCUAAACAUUAUUUAAUCGUAAGUUCGUUAACGUUUCGUACAAAAAAAAACCCACACAGACACACACAGUUUGUUCAUGCGGUGUAGAAGAACGCAGGUGGUAAUGCGGGAAUAAUGGAUAAACGAAAAUAUAAAUGAAACAAAAAAAAAAACAAAACACCAGAUAGCGCGGAUUAACACACAGGUAAACAAAGCAAAGCAAAGUUGGUGGCGAAUAAAAUGAUAAACCAAGCAAAUGGUUACGCCACGCUGUAAAACGGUAGAAUGGUAAACAAAAGGUAAAACUAGUAAACGAAUACGUCAACUUAAGUAUGCGAUAAGACGCGUUCGUUUGAUGGGCGUACUCGUCACAGUGUUAGCGAGAACGUUUGCUCGUAAGCAUCGUGCAAGAGAAAGAAUCGUGACAAAGCAGACAAGCUAACAAAACAACAACAACCAAAAAACAGGGAAUUUUCCUUAGUAAAUUGUUCAAGCAUUCCUUUAACACUUGUUUGUAAGCAACAGUUAGUAGACGAGGGUUUUUGGGGGGAGAUAAGAAAUGGUAAGGAAAUGCUUCUGCGCUUCAAACCGAAGCAAAUCGAACUGGAUUGAAUGUCCUUCCAUGCGAUUACUAGCCAGACUACUACUACUACCACUACUACUAUUACUACUACCGCCACCAUUACUAUCCCUCCAUUACCCAGACGAGCUGGAUGGCGUUCGUCCAAGAGUAAAAGUGCAUCACCAUUUGGAUGGUGUUUGCUUACCGGCGUGUUCCUUUUUGAUCGUCCCGUUAAUUUUGAGAUUAUGGCAAACUUAUCACCAAAUUGAACGCACGCAAAUGUAAAACACUCCCCCUUCCUGCUCCCAGCCAAUUGCUCCCCAUAUUACAAUUCAUCCAACCCAUUAACCAGUCUGUACUGUCAUGGUUUUGGCAUAUAUGUUUCCACAAGGCCUACACACACAAUUAAAUGGAAUCGCCGGCUCGCUUGAAAAAUGAAAAAAAAAAACGGGCAGAAAGUUACUCCUAAUUCCGCCACACAUUAC